AUGGCGCCGAGCCAUCCAGCUCGAUGCUGGCGUGCCCUCCGCCGGAGCUGCUCAGCAACUCCCCGAUUUACCUCGAGCUAUCAGGCCUAUAGUCCCCCUCCCUGGAGACCUGUCACAGCGUUGGACGACUGGGUUAAGCGCGACAUUCGACCCAUCAGCUUACGACAGCUGACUUUCUUCGGGCGGACAUUGACCGAAUCGCGCCUUAUCAGCUCUGCCAACUACGUGCGGACGGAGCUUCCCACUCGACUUGCACAUCGUCUACGAGACAUCCAAAAACUACCAUACGUGGUAGUGGCGAACCCCCAUCUUUCGCUUGUAUACGAACUCUACUAUAAAGCUUUUGAAAGAUUUCGGGCCAUUCCUGAAAUCAAGACCCUCGAUGACAAUGACCACUUUUGCGAUAUCCUUCGGAAGACGCUCCAGGAGCACCUGGUGGUCAUCCCGAAACUAGCCAUGGGCGUCCUGGAGUGUCGCGAGCUAGUGACAUCGGAAGUCCUGGACAAUUUCAUGAACACCCUUCUCAGAGCGAGAAUUUCUCGUCGAGUCAUUGCAGAGCAACAUCUUGCUUUGACCGAAACCUUCAACUCGCCGUGGCACUUCCCAGGCUCGCAGGACCGCACCGACUCCAACGCCGACUUCGUAGGUGAGGUCUUUCUCAAAUGCAAUGCCAGGGAGGUGGUGGAGCGCUGCGGGAAGCUGGCGCAGGAUAUGAUGCGGCAAACGUCCGGAUCGGACAAGAUCCCGGAAAUCACCGUGCAGGGCCACCUUGACGCUACCUUUCCGUACAUGCUCAGCCAUCUGGAAUAUAUCAUCGGCGAGCUUCUGCGUAACUCGAUCCAGGCCGUGAGUGAGAAGUACCGCGGGCGGCCGGAGCAGCCGCCUCCGAUCGAAGUGCUCAUCUGCGAGGCACCGCAGCAUGUGAUCAUGCGUGUCUCGGACCAAGGCGGAGGCAUCCCGCGCGAGGUGCUGCCGUAUCUGUGGUCUUUCAACAAAGGACCGCACAGCAAGUCUCAUCUGCGCAAUCUGGGCAAAGUUCCCGCGAUGGCCGCCACGCUGCAGGAGCUCAGCGUGCCGACGGAGAGGAAGCAUGCAGACAAGGAGACCUUCCGAGAGGGCUCAUUGGACUCGUUGACGUCGCGGCGUCCGGAUCUGCGCCUGGGGAUUGGACUGCCGAUGAGCCGGGUGUAUGCAGAGUACUGGGCGGGUAGUCUGGAGCUGCACAGCCUGGAGGGGUACGGGGUGGAUGCAUUCCUCCAGAUCUCCAAGCUGGGCAAUCAAAACGAGCAGGUGACGACGCGGGCAUCGAUCGAUGCUGUAUGA